AUGUUCAAAGGAGAACCUGGAGAAAAAGUUAAAGUAUGGCUGUGUCAAACAAAGAAUGUCCUAUAUGCCCAAGGCAUCAUGGAAGAAAGAGCCAUGCACUCUUUAUUGUUGUACCAAGUCAACCUCCACAUUGACUGGAGAACCAAUAUGCACUCUCUCAACGAUGGACCAUGCAAUAUCAAAGUCUCUGCUAGUAUCUUCCAGACUCCAAAGAAACCUGAGUGUUAUUCCUUUCUCAUUUCCAGACACCAACUUGCCAGAACACCUACCGAUGAAGAAAUAUUUGCUGUAUGUGCUACCUUUGAAGAAGCCAUCCCAGAGAAAUCAAGUCUCUCUUCUGAAGAAGCUGCCAUUCUGAAAGAAUUUGUUGAUAUUUUUUCUGCCAAAUUGCUUAACUAA